CUAACGGGAAGACGCCGGAACCAGAGCGUGCCGGAAGCUUCUUUCUUGGGAUUUGGGUUUCCCAGCCGGACCCUCCCGAAUAGCACACCAAGGCCGGAAGUGGUGUCUAACGGACACACAAGACGCCUGGACCGGCAGUCACCCGGCUUCCGGCGGGGACGGAGACGGCGGCGCUGCGGGAGGAUGAAGCUCCUGACGCACAACCUGCUAACGUCGCACGUGCGCGGCUUGCGGCCCGGCGGCGGCUACCCGCUGGGCAUCCAGGUGGAGGUGGUGGAAGGCAUCCUGCGCUGCCCAGACUCGGGGCGCGAGUUCCCCAUCACCAAGGGGAUCCCUAACAUGCUGCUGGCUGAGGACGAGACCUGAAGGACUGGGGCGGGGGCAGGACGGGGUGGGUUUGCGUGGGGGUUGGGCUGGACUGUGUCUGUUUGCAUCAAUAAAGCUCAGUUGGGUUGAAGUGGA